AUGCUCAACGAGGCCUCCUUGCGAGAGUUCUACGAGCACGUCUUCCCCGUAGAGCUCCUCGUUCGCUGGCUGAGCUAUGACCUCGGCGGGGAUUCCUUCGAGGAAGCGAAUGGUCUCCCUCGCGAGAGUCGCCUGCGGCCCGCCGCGGAAGCCUAUCUCGCGCGACGGGAGUUUUGUUUCACCCUUCGAGGGGAUAUUUUCACGCGUUUUCGCAGCUUCACGGGGAGUUCCGAGCUCCGCGCGGAGCUGCGCCGCGUCGCGCCAGAAAAAAUCGACGUCGGCGCCGUUUACAACACCCGCCCGCAUCUCAAGCAAGGCCUCGCCGCGCUCACCCCGCACGAGCGCGAGCUCGUUUUUGAUAUCGACAUGAGCGAUUACGACGCCGUUCGCUUGUGUUGUUCGGGAAAAGAGGUGUGUAAACGGUGCUGGGGGUGGCUGGCGUGCGCGAUGGGGGUGCUUCGCCGGGUCCUCGUCGAGGAUUUCGGGUUUCGAUUCCUCCUUCCCGUCUUUUCUGGGCGGCGAGGGGUGCAUCUGUGGGUGUGUGAUCGCCGCGCGCGGCGGAUGCGGGAUGAUGAGCGGGCGGCGAUCGUCGGCUACCUCGCGGCCCUCACCCCUCGAUCCUCGCGCGGCGGCGUCGUUGAGGAUCUCGCGCAGCAUCGCGCGAUUCACCCGACGAUCGCAGGGGCCCUCGCGGCGUGCGUGGAGCCCGCGUUUUACGCGAUCUUCGUCGAUUCCGAGGCGGAAAAUCCAAACAACAUGCAGCACCACCCGGCCGCCGCGAAGGUCGUGCUCGAGGCCGUGCGAAACGCCCUUCGCCGAGGUCGCGGCGACGCCCUCGCGCGUUUUGAGCGGCGAAUCGCCACGGAGGCGGUGGCGGAGACGGGAAUCGCGUGGGGAACGCUUUGCCGGGCGCUCGGGAACGAGGUUGAGGCGCGUGACGUCCUGCGCGCCGCGCAGGUGCUGCUGCUGUAUCCUCGUCUGGAUGAGCACGUGACGACGCGGCGGGAUCAUCUCCUGAAGCUCCCGUUUUGCGUGCACGCGGGAACGGGGUUGCUUUGUUGCCCGCUGCGGUGGGAGACGUUGGGCGCCUUCGACCCUCAAAAAGACGCCCCCGGGUUGGAAGAAAUCGUGAUGAAUCGGCGGUACGACCCCGCGUGGGAGGGGCCGCUGCGGGAGAUGUUGCAGGCGAUGCAGGAGGACCCCAACGAGCGAUAA